AGGCGCAGGGACCUUGGACGGUCUCUAGCUCGUAUUUUAUAUUUUCCCUCUUUGUCGACAAGUUUUGAGAAACUAUUCAUCCCAAGAGCGUCAAGUGAAAGUCUGGCCGCGGGUGUGCUAUCGACCGGGGCGUUCAGCAAGUGCGGAGUAUUUUGUUGUUUUCUGAGUUUUUGACAGAAGUCGUUCACUGAGCGCAACAGCAGUGCUCCGGGGCUCAGUUUGGAUUAUUCAGUGAGCGCGUGUUGUUCAGGGCAACAAAAAAAUAAAUAAAAAAAAUUACAGCUUCACCUUGUUUCACACAGACUUCAUCUGAAAGUCUGGAUCGCUGUCAAAGAGCUCUUCUGCGUGUCUUUUAGGUAUGCCUGUGGUCGUCAGCGUGUCUCCGGACAGGUAACCAGGUGUGUUGCUGCUGUCAUGGCCUUGCCUUCCCUGCGGCUGUUUCCUGUCACUGUGCUCACAGUCCUGGUGGCACUGGUGUCGUCUUCAGAGGAACAUGAGUGGCACUUUAACCCAGCUCAGUGUCGUUACGCCCUGGGGAUGGAGGAUGGCACCAUCCCAGACUCUGACAUCACUGCCUCCAGCGCCUGGUCAGACUCCACUGAGGCCAAACAUGGAAGGUUGAGUACUGGAGAGGGGGAUGGAGCGUGGUGUCCUGCAGGAGCCGUUUUCCCCAGUGGAUCAGAAUACCUUCAGAUUGACCUGCGCAAACUCCACUUCCUGGCUCUGGUUGGUACCCAGGGUCGUCACGCCGACGGGCACGGCCAGGAGUUUGCUCGCAGCUAUCGGCUCCGCUACUCUCGAGACGGAGUGAAAUGGAUCACCUGGAGGGACCGCUGGAGCCAGGAAGUGGUGUCCGGUAAUGAGAACACCUAUGAUAUCGUGCUGAAAGACCUGGGCCCUCCCAUCGUCGCCCGCAUGGUGCGCUUCUACCCCCUGGCUGACCGGGUAAUGAGUGUUUGCCUUCGGGUGGAACUCUACGGUUGCGUAUGGGACGACGGGUUGAAGGCUUACACAGCUCCAGUGGGUCACGUCAUGCAGCUGCCUGGCAUGUCUGUCUACCUAAACGACUCCACCUAUGAUGGGAGCACUGAGCAAGGGAUGCAGUUUGGAGGCCUGGGUCAGCUGUGUGACGGUGUCCUUGGUGGAGAUGACUUCAUACAAACUAAGGAGCUGAGGGUGUGGCCUGGGUACGACUACCUUGGCUGGAGCCGGGAAGCCCUUGGGCAAGGCAGCGUGGACAUUGAGUUCCACUUUGAGAGACCACGUGUCUUCCACAACAUGCAGGUGCACAGUAACAACCGCCACACCCAGGGCGUCCGAGUCUUCAGCAAGGUGGAGUGUCUUUUUAAGCCUGGCAUCCUCCAGCCCUGGUCCUCUCCCGCCCUCACCCUGCCCGUCCCCCUUGACGAUCUGAAGGACCCCUCCUCACGACCCAUCUCCCUCCCACUGGGUGGCCGACCGGCACAGAUCCUCCGCUGCAAAUUCUACUUUGCUGACCGUUGGCUGCUCAUCAGCGAGAUAUCCUUCCUCUCUGAGCCGUUUGAGGAGGAUGUCAAAGAGCCUGAUUCAUUUCCUCCUUAUCCUCCCAAGAUUCCUUCCAUCAGUUCCUCUGCUCCUCCUGUAAACCACACCUCCUCCUCUCCCACAUCGAGCCACAGCUCCUCCAACGCCACUGCCGACCCUUCAGAACCCCCCACCACCACCACCUUCAUGACGGACACCACUGGUAACUGGACGCUGUCAGGGCCUGAAUUUGACGCUGCAACUCCCAGGGCGGGCCUUCCUGUAGCCAAGGAUGACAGCAGUAAUACAGCUAUUCUGAUUGGCUGCCUGGUGGGCAUCAUCCUUCUGCUGCUGGCUGUGAUAGCUGUCAUUCUGUGGAGACAGUACUGGAAAAAGAUACUGGGCAAGGCCCAGGGAAGCCUGUCGAGUGAUGAGCUGCGGGUCCACCUGUCAGUCCCUUCUGACAAUGUGGUCAUCAACAACACACACAGCUACUCGAGCCGCUACCAGCGCAUCCACACUUUCCCCGACGACCGUGACCAUGACAGAGAGGGAGAAGGAGAGUACCAGGAACCCAGCGCUCUGCUCCGGCCGAGGGAUCACAGAGACAGCACGGCCUUGCUGUUAAACAACCCAGCAUAUCACCUGCUCCUGUCAGAUCACAGAAAAGGCUCAAGACCCCUAGUCGUCCCCAGCACCACUCAGGCUCAGGAAAAGAGCCUCAAUGUGCCCCAGGCCUGUGGUUUGGAUAUGGACAUGGAGAAGGGUUUCCCACCAACACAGGAGGAGCCUCCUCCCUACCCCGGCUCCCCUCCUUACCCAUCCCUUUCUCCCCCUGUAUCUCCCCCGCUACCUCCCAGCGUCCCCCACUAUGCUGAAGCAGACAUUGUGAGCCUGCAGGGUGUCAGCGGUAACAACACCUACGCCGUGCCCGCCUUGGCCUCUUCGAGCCCCGGGGCCGACGCCGCCCCCCUGCCAGAGCUGCCGCGCCAGUGUCUCAUUUUCAAGGAGAAACUGGGAGAGGGACAGUUUGGGGAGGUGCACCUGUGUGAAAUCGAGAACCCUCAGGAUCUUCCCAACUUGGAGUUCCCCUUCAAUGUGAGAAAAGGUCGCCCUCUUCUGGUAGCAGUGAAGAUACUGCGACCAGACGCUUCCAAGAACGCCAGGAAUGACUUCCUGAAAGAGGUGAAGAUCCUGUCUCGCUUGAAGGACCCGAACAUCAUCCGGCUGCUGGGAGUGUGUGUGAGCAGCGACCCCCUCUGUAUGGUCACUGAGUACAUGGAAUGUGGAGACUUGAACCAGUAUCUGUCCCACCGAGUGCUUCUGGAUAAGACGGGGCCUUCGCACAACACCCCGACCAUCAGUUACCCGGCCCUCAUCUCCAUGGCCAGCCAGAUUGCGUCAGGAAUGAAGUUCCUCUCCUCCCUCAACUUUGUGCACCGGGAUCUGGCCACACGUAACUGUCUGGUCGGAGGCGAGAAGGGUGAGAGCGGGGAGGAGCGGGGCGGCGAGCGUCACAUCAAGAUAGCCGACUUUGGCAUGAGCAGGAAUCUGUACGCAGGAGACUACUACAGGAUACAGGGCAGAGCUGUGCUGCCAAUACGCUGGAUGGCCUGGGAGUGUAUACUCAUGGGUAAGUUCACCACGGCCAGCGACGUGUGGGCAUUCGGCGUCACCCUGUGGGAGAUGCUGAGCGUUUGUCAGGAGCAGCCGUACUCCAACCUCACGGAUGAACAAGUCAUCGACAACGCUGGGGAGUUCUUCAGAGACCAGGGCAGACAGGUGUAUCUGAGCAGGCCAGCUGUGUGUCCUCAGGGUCUCUAUGAGCUCAUGCUGAGCUGCUGGAACAGAGACUGCAAGCUCCGCCCAUCCUUCGCCUACAUCCACUCCUUCCUCACUGAGGACGCCAUGAACAUGGUUUAAAGAGUGAAUCAGAGAAACUUAAGAAGAAUGGCAACGUUAAAGAGGGGAAAUGGCUCGUGCUUUUAUGCAUCCUUGCUACAGUGGGAAGGUGUCUGAAUCAGUGUGGUGGAGGUGUCGCACAGCAGAGGCAGAUAAGAGGUUAAAGUGGGUUGCUCGCUUUUAUAUUUUGUACUUGGGUGGGUGGAUGGGGCUGAGACACCGCUGGUUCGGUUUAUUUCCACUUCAGACCCCAACCCCAAAGGCAAAACUAACCCCAGCUUUAGAUAGGUAACAGUCCGAGCUACAUUUCAGUGGUUGGUGGUGGGUGCAGUCUGCAUAGGAACUUUCUCUCGGGUUUAGGUGACUGGUGAUUAAGUGCUGUAGAGUUCAAAAUACAGGAAGCUGCAGAGGCUAAACAGCAGAAAAUACUCCAUACUAUGGCCAUAGCAAGCUAGGAAAUGAUCAGUUAUUAAGUUUCAUGACUUUUCUUUACUCAACAUCUCAAAUGCUUCAUGCAGGGUAACUGGUGAAGGCACACAUGCACUGUGAACACAAAGUUCUCUGAACACAGCACCUGUUGUUCAGAGAUGAAACUGCACACACAGGGACUGUCAUAGUAUUUAUAGUAUGUAUAGCCAACUCUACACAUUUAAAUCAGUUUAAUUCAAACACGUCUAAGAAAAGAUCUUAACACUUAGACACGGCUGAUGGCUAACUUGACUGUGUAGAACCUGGAUGAUAGGAGAACUUACCGUGUACCAUGCUUACCAUGACCCUUAAUCAAUCCUCUAUCUCAGCCCCAAAACCUUAUAUAAUGACCCACAUCCACAGCUGUAACUCUUAAGUUACUGUGGACUAAUGUGAAAUGAUGCGGACCAGACAACAGCAACCCCCUUUCUGCAGUGUGAUCAUGUCAAGUUUGCCCUCAACCACCGACACCCCAUUGUAGUCAAAAAGUGAAAGUAUUUGAACCCCAUCUUUAAGCCACAGAAAAUGAAAAAAUGUAUCCCUGGUGCCAAAUAGACUACUCAAACCUGAGGAAAAAGGCACAGAAGAAGUGAGUCUGCUGCUGCCAAUGAGAUGUGACCCAGAAACUGGAACGGUUUUCCAAGCAGAGAGACAAUGCUGCCAGCAGGGGCAGUGGACGGGACAUCUUCGGAUGUGCCUGCUCAGAUGUUUUGGAGAUUUUUUUGUAUCUGGCUUUGACCCAGACACAAAGGAUAGAUGUAAAAUUCCACAACCAGCUGCACUUUAAAUCCUACGUGCAUAUCCCCCCAACCACGAUGAAACUUUUCUCUGUGAGGGGCCUGAUAUGAUAUGAUUCCUGUUGACGUGGAUUCUGACGCAUUUUACCUGCAGUGAUUUUAAGAUAUUUGCCAGGGGAGAUCAAAAUGCAUCACAGAUGCAUUUUAAAAGGACAUCCUCUCCAACAAGGCAUUGCCAAACCAUUCGAUGUAAAAUAUUAUUUAAAAAAUGGAAUGGCACCAUCAGUUCAUCUCAUUUUAAAUGUACGAAAACCUUUUGUUCUGAAACUUUCAGUGUGUUGAGAUAUGUUAACUCAUCACAUAAUCUGUCUACGCUCAUCCAAAUGCAUUACUGUAUUUUAAAAACACAGUUAUAGCAUUGUUCAAACAGGGAACGCUGGGAGUACUGAUUUUAGUGUGAAAGUCAACAUCAACCUCUGCAUUGUCCCAUGUUUAGUAUAUUAAGCUGACCACAGUAGAAUCAAUGCAUCUACCUUACUGAUUGUAUAGCACUGUAAAUCAGUCCAGAGAUGAUCAAGAUUAUCAAGUACUACAUGUUUACUGAUUGUGAAUGGUCGUGCCAUUUGAGUCAUUUUUGAUACACUGUAGUUCAACUAAACCCAUAUUUUUAUAUAUACUGUAUGUACUUAGACACUCCUUGAUGUCUGAUUUCAUCCUUUUGUGUCUUUGAACUUGAACAUUAUAGUAUGUACAUAUUUUAAGGACAGAAUUGUAAUUUCCUUUACUAAUAUAUAGAGAACUCUUACAUUUGGGUCUUCUGUAUCUCUGUAGAACGCUUGCUACCUUGAUGCCAUUGUAAUUCAUUGUGUUGUCUAUUUUUGUAGUUGUUUUCAUAAAGUUAACCUUUUCAAAUAAAUCAAGAUGUGCUCUAGGGCUGCAACUAAC